GUCAACCGACACUAAUUUAGUUUGUUCUCGACGACGGAAUAGAAAAGAUCGUUUCGGGUAUCGUUAAAUAUAAUUUGUUUCGUAUGCGAAACAUCAUGUCGAUUAGAACAACUGUAAUGUUGUGCUGGGUUGCGGUAUUCUGGGGAGGUGUCCUGAUCGGAACUAUACAUUCCGUCAGCUUGAACGGUAAUGGCUAUGAAUUUACGGUUGCCAUCUCCGAGGACGCUCUACAACUCGACGCCGAACAACGAGUUCCCUUCCUCGAUGCUCUCAAAAAAACAAUGACGGAUACGUCAAAAAUGCUCUUUGAUGCGACUGAUUCAAAAGUCUUUUUUAAAAAAGUUAACAUUUUACUGCCGCGUGCUUGGACUCUUACUGGCGCACCAACAUCGACGUAUAAUUACUUGAACGCUGAUAUGCGAAUUGAAACCACCAUGACUGCCAAUGACCCCGAGACAGUGGUCCAAGCAGCGCGCUCCUACAAUUCCAAAAUGUGUGGCCAACCGGGUGAAUAUAUAAUUGCGCCACCCCAGUUUUUCCUCAAUAGCAACGGCGCAACUGUGAAAAAGUAUGGUGAUCCAGCUAAGGUGAUGCUCCACGAAUUCGCCCAUUACCGAUACGGUGUUCAUAAAGAAAAUGGAAUUCCAGGAAUGUUUAUCGAGAACGGUGAUAAAUUUCCCUACACAUUUAAAAAUCCUCGUGGCGAAUGGCAACUUACUGGAUCCAAUAAUAGCAAAAUUGAAGGAUCGUACGCAUAUCCGGAAGACCAAACGCGUUACUGCGAGUAUCCCAAUACUCCUGACAUGACAGGCGAUCUGACUGAUCUCAAUUGCAGAUUCAUUCCCGAUAUGACAGCUACAACCGGACCGACGACGUCUUUGAUGUUCAUGCCAUUUUUACCUACAGUGACUAAAUUUUCCGAUGAAACUAAUCAUGACCGAGCAGCUCCCAACAUGCAAAACUACUGGUGCCGCAAUCGUAGUACCAAAACAAUAAUUUCGAAACAUCCAGAUUUCACUAACCUUAACCCUUCGGAUGCCUCCACCAACACGGUACCGGAGUUCAGUUAUCUGCUCCCAGCAUAUCAGACUGUUUAUAUCGUCAUGGAUACCUCAAGUCACACCUUAACCGAUGAUACGGUUUUCAAUUAUGUCAAAUCGGAAAUCGAAAAUAAAUUAAUUCCGCAAUUGGCUGCAACCAGCCCCAGGUCUUUCGUAGGCAUCGCAACCAUGGUCGGAGCUAAUUUUAAUAGUUCAAACGGCCGUCUAGGAGGAUAUCUGACCGAAAUACAAGCUCCCAUUCAAGUCGAUAACAAUGAGAUUUUAUCAGCCAAUAAGGUGAACGGAUUAACUCGAUCAUCAGGGUCAGGUCUGUUAAUAGAGAAGGCUAUGCUGGACGUUGGAGACGUUUUGACCAGCUUCACACAUUUGUCCGGGUCAAUCGCGCUCGUGUUCAAAUUGAAUGACAUCACGAACAUGAAUGAAAUGAAGGUUGAAUCUGAGGCUGUCCAUUUACUCAAUUCUCGAAACGCUCGUUUGAUAACGUUUGAAUACAACGACGACAGCAGUAAAAACGUAAUGGAGAGAAGCACAUUACUGACUGGAGGGACUCAUUUUACCGCCAACUUAAAUAGUUACCAGUCUGUCAUUUCGAGCGUGUUCAAUAAGACCGUCGAGCUGGUCCGAGAUCCGAAAUUUCGCAACAGAAGAGUUCAACUGCUUCGAGAUCCGUUUACGAGUAAUUCUGCAACACCUUUCAGAAAAUUUUACACCGUAGACUUUGUUCCAAGCUCAAUAGAGAUGCACUUUUUCGUACCCAUUGGAAGACCCGAUGACUAUCAAAUCCUGGUAAACGGAACGGAUGGAAAAACAAAAUAUAACUUGUCAUCGCCAGAGCACGUCCAAAAAUACUCAAGUUGGGACAGAAAGUACAAAAUUCACACCUUUACCAUACCAUCUACAUCAAGCUCGACAACUGCGACGUUCAUGGUUGAUACGACUGGAGAACCGUUGUCAGGCUUUUACGAGGCUGUUGAAAUUCUGGGUGAAAACGUUCCGGUUUACGUUGGCGGCGGAGGCCAAUCCAAAAAUCGAGUAAUUGAUGUCGAAGUCUAUACAUCUGGCAAAAACGGAGUCCUCAACAUGGCUGACAUUUACGAAGACCCUUCGUUUUUGAUCUUCGCUUCAAUUCGAAAGGGCUAUGCAUUUGCUCGAACACUUAAGUUUGCUGUUGCUACCGUUCAUGGGCCAAACGCAACCCAGCAAUCCGUGUCUUUGAGAGACGACGGCCUUUACCCUGACUUACUUGCAAAAGACGGCAUCUACACGGGUUUCUACAAUCCGACAAAAGUGUCUGGCAAAUUUCACGUUUCUGUUCUCUUAGACGGUUACCGAAGAUCCGAUCCACUUGCCCAAUUCAACAAUAAUCCUUCCAGUCGUUCAAUACCCAUCGAUCAGAACGAAGACUCGUCCUAUCUCGAAGUGGGUUCUACCUCCAGUUUUCAACGUUGGAUUCCCUAUGCUGCCAGCCUUGACGUGCGGUCGGCGAUUUUUUACAAAGAACGACCGGCUCGCAUCAUGGAUUUACGAAUCGACAAUUACGAUUCGGAAAACCAAAAAGUAACAUUUUCUUGGACUUCUCCUCAAGAUAGUUACGGCAAAAACAUGUCGGUUGCUUCCUAUCGACUGGUGUACAGCUUAUACCCAGAUCAGAUUAUCAAUGAUGACGGACAAAUUCCGGAAACAGCUGUAGAAGUAGAUCCAAGCACCAUCGUAGAGGGAUCUUUAGAUCCUUUACAACCUUUUGUUCGUCAUUCUGUGACCAUCAACCCGGUACGAGAUGGACCCGCGCCCCCUUCGAUGUAUUUUACCAUGAAUUCUAACAGUACAUUGGGUUUCGAGUCGUUUGCUGCACCUAUGGUUUACCUUACCGAGUCAGAGGUCCUUGUUACUACUGUCUCAACAACAACAGUCACUACUCGAACAACAGCGGCUGUUACAACUCCAACAGCUUCAACAACAACAUCCAAACCUACAACUUACCUUACCGGGUCAGAGCCCCCUGUUACUACGACUGUCUCAAAAACAACAUUCACUACUCCAACAACAACGGCUGUUACAACUCCAACAACAUCCAAACCUACAACUGCCAGCACUGCUGCGAGAACAUCAACGACGACGACGAAACCGUCAUCGCCAACAACUGCGCAACCAUUCCAACCAAAUGGUGCUCAAAUCACCCGAGUUUCAUCAGUCUUAUUCUAUUCCUUACUCUCAGUUGCAUUGAUUUUAAUUUCCGCCUUGUAAACAACAAAAUGUUUUAUUUUAUUUUAAUUGUAGGAAAUUUUUCUUGUCUAACAGCUUAUCGAGUUAUCUUAUAGUUUUUAACGAUUAAUUGAAUAGAAUAUAAUGAAGCGAUCUGAAUUAUUAGAUUGUACGUAAAUGCGAAAUAAACUGAAUUAAAUAAAUGCACGACAUUGAGAAAAG